AAGAUGAUGAGGCGCAGCUUAGAAAACCGGGAUGCCCAAGCCAGACAACUUCAAGAUGCUGUCACAAAUGUGGAGAAGCACUUUGGAGCGCUGUGCCAAAUCUUUGCUGCUUAUGUGCGGAAAACUGCCAGACUGCGAGACAAAGCAGACCUCCUGGUGAAUGAAAUCAACGUGUAUGCCUCUACAGAAACCCCACAUUUAAAGCAGGGCCUGAAAAACUUUGCUGACGAGUUUACCAAACUUCAGGAUUAUCAACAAGCAGAGAUUGAAAGGCUUGAAGCCAAAGUAGCUGAAUCUUUGAAAGCUUAUGGAGCCAUUGUAAAAAAGAAACGUGAUGACCUCAAACCAACAUUAACAUCAAGGAAUGGAGAAGCUAAAUAAACAAUUAACUCAGAAAGAACACGUCAGCGAAACCCAUCUGAUAACGUUAUUUCACAGGCAGAAACCGAACUACAGAGAGUUACAAUGGAUGCUACCCGAACAACACGUCAUCUAGAGGAAACUAUUAACAAUUUUGAAAAGCAGAAAAUAAAGGAUAUAAAGAUCGUAUUUUUGGAAUUUAUCACUAUCAAAAUGUUAUUUCAUGGCAAAGCUUUAGAGGUCUACACUGCUGCCUAUCAAAAUAUAUAAAAGAUUGAUAAAGAGGAUUUAGAGGUUUUCCAAAAUUCUCUGUAUCCACCAGAUUAUUCAUCUCAUUUAGAUACUGUAAGAGCAAAUUCAAAAUCACCUCUUCAGAGAUUGUCAGCCAAGUGUGUAUCUGGAAAAGGACAGGUACCAUCCACCUGUCCACUAAGAAAGGAUCAGCAAGCAGAAGAUGAUGAUGAAGAGGAUGAAGACUUAGAUGCUACAGAAGAAGAAAAUUAA